AUGGCACAACAAAGCCUUCCUGCCUCCGUCUCUUCUGCCGCCGAGCGGCCGACCACAAAGCCAAUUCAACCUCCCGACCGGAAUGUGCGGCCAUUGAGCGCAUCAGGACCGUCGCAUGGGCCAUCCCCGAACUUUCGCAAUGGACAUCUCAACCUGGACACGUUCUCACCCGUCAACGAGAAUGGCAGUUUCGAGUUCGACCGCGUUCUAAAGCGGGGAAAGGUGUACUGUCGGAUGAAGAGCAAACAUGCGUUCAAAGCUUCAUGGAAGCCGGUCUACCUCGUCCUUCGACCAAACCUGUUGUCCGUCUACAAAGAUGAAGACGAAGCGAGACUCCGCUUGUCCAUUACUCUCACGGAGGUUACGGCGGUCGCAGCCGUUCAUUCUCCUCGAUCGCACCGGGACCACGUCUUUGGAGUUUUCUCUCCCUCGAAGAAUUAUCGCUUUCAGGCGCUGUCGGAGCAGGACGCGAACGAUUGGAUUGAGCGGAUUCGCAGUGAACUGUGCAUCGACGAGGAAGAAGAGGCCCUGUUCGCCCAGUCCAGGGCCCUGUCCAGCAGAAAUUACGGGAUAACCAGUGAUGGGGAUGACCAGCUGAGCGAUCACUCCGACGUCGGUGACGUCGAUCGCGAUAUCACGUCCAGUUCACCAGAACUGGUCCGUACGGUCUCUCUCGGUCGGGGCGGCAGGAAUCUACCCUUUGCCCAAGAUUACUCCGGGAAUGAGAUUACCGAGUAUUCUGAUCUAUCCGAUGCUCCGGGCAGCAGCACACAGCAGCAGCGCUCAGUGACCUCAUUACCGAAAGGAGAUAAGCCCCACGGCGACAAGAACAAGCGAUCCAGUGAUGUGGCUCGUGCCGGUGAUCCGGGAGCAAAUGUCGAUCCGGAAAGAGUAAUCUGUCACGGGUACCUGCAGUGCCUACGCAGCAAGCACGGCGUGCGGCAGUGGAAGAAGGUUUGGGUCGUGUUACGACCGAUAAGCCUUGCUUUGUACAAGGAUGAUAGGGAAUACUGCGCCAUCAAGAUCAUCCCCAUGUCGCAAGUGAUCAACGCUGCCGAGAUUGACCCCAUCUCGCGGUCAAAGACCUGCUGUCUGCAGGUCAUCACCGAGGACCGGCCGAUCUAUCGCUUCUGCGCUCCAGACGAAGAGAGCCUGGCCAAAUGGCUCGGCGCGUUGAAGAGCGUCAUCGUCGCGAGGAAAAGGGCAAUAGAAAAGGAAAGGAAGGGAGAGGGAGAAAGAGAAAGAAAAGAAAAAGCAGCAACCGCAACAACAGCAACAACAUCAACAGCAGCAGCACCCAGCGGUCCCAGCGCUUUUCAGCCUCUUCACUGA